AUGAAUCAAUCCCAGAAUGCCAUUUUUACAUCAUCAACAGGUGAAGAAAACCUCAUGAAUAUCAAUCACAGAGACUCGGAGAGCAUCACUGAUGUCUGCUCCAAUGAGGAUCUCCCUGAAGUUGAGCUGGUGAGUCUACUAGAGGAACAACUACCCCAGUACAAGCUGAGAGUGGACUCUCUCUUUCUAUAUGAAAACCAAGACUGGGCUCAAUCCUCACUCCAGCACCAAAAUGCUCCUGAUACUCUCUCUCCAGUCCUUGCUGAAGAGACUUUCCGUUACAUGAUUCUAGGCACAGACAGAGUGGAGCAGAUGACCAAAACUUACAAUGACAUCGACAUGGUUACACAUCUGCUGGCUGAGAGAGAUCGAGAUCUAGAACUAGCAGCUCGAAUUGGACAAGCCCUCUUAAAGCGGAACCAUGUCUUGUCUGAGCAGAAUGAAGCCCUGGAGGAGCAACUGGGGCAAGCCUUUGAUCAAGUUAAUCAGUUGCAGCAUGAACUGUCCAAGAAAGAAGAGUUACUUCGAAUUGUCUCGAUUGCUUCAGAAGAGAGUGAAACUGAUUCCAGCUGUUCUACACCUCUUCGGUUCAAUGAAUCCUUCAGCUUGUCUCAAGGUCUGCUCCAGCUGGACAUGCUGCAAGAAAAACUUAAGGAACUGGAAGAAGAGAAUAUGGCUCUUCGAUCUAAGGCUUGUCACAUAAAGACCGAAACUAUUACCUAUGAAGAGAAGGAACAGCAGCUUGUCAACGACUGUGUUAAAGAACUUCGUGAAACAAAUGCUCAGAUGUCCAAAAUGACUGAGGAAUUGUCAGGGAAAAGUGAUGAACUGAUCCGAUACCAAGAAGAGAUCUCCUCACUCCUGUCUCAGAUUGUAGAUCUUCAACACAAACUUAAAGAACAUGUGAUUGAGAAGGAAGAACUAAGACUUCACCUGCAAGCCUCUAAGGAUGCACAGAGACAACUAACAAUGGAGCUGCAUGAGUUACAAGAUAGGAAUAUAGAGUGUCUGGGAAUGCUACAUGAAUCCCAAGAAGAAAUAAAGGAACUCCGUAGUAGAUCUGGACCUGCUGCUCAUCUCUAUUUCUCCCAGUCAUAUGGUGAUUUUUCUGGGGAAUCUCUCGCAGCUGAAAUUGAGGGGACCAUGCGUAAACAGUUAAGUUUGAAUGAAGAGUCUUCUCUUUUUAAACAAAAAGCCCAACAGAAACGGGUAUUUGAUACCGUCAGGGUUGCCAAUGAUGCAAGGGGACGUUCUCUCCCAUUCCCAGCUCUGCUGCCCAUCCCAGGCUCCAACCGUUCAAGUGUCAUCAUGACAGCAAAACCUUUUGAGUCAGGUUUACAGCAAACUAAUGACAAAACAGAAGAGAUUCCUGGGAGCUCUCAGGAAAUGGGUCAACCAGGACCCUCUGGAGAUAGUGAUUUGGCUACUGCACUGCAUCGCCUUAGUCUUCGUCGACACAACUAUUUAAGUGAAAAGCAGUUCUUUGCUCAAGAAUGGGAGCGGAAGAUGCAGGUUUUGGCUGACCAGAAAGAAGAGAUUAGUGGCUGCAGCACACCCACAGAAAGCCUUGCUACUCUCUGCACUGACCAGUCAGAGAUAACAGAGCUCAGCAGUGCCAGUUGCCUUCGAGGUUUCAUGCCAGAAAAAUUACAAAUUGUCAAACCCCUUGAAGGCUCACAAACGCUAUACCAUUGGCAGCAGCUUGCGCAACCAAACUUGGGAACUAUUCUUGAUCCACGACCAGGAGUCAUCACUAAAGGCUUUACCCAGCUGCCCAAAGAUGCCAUCUAUCACCUCUCAGAUUUGGAAGAAGAUGAAGAGGAAGGUAUCAGUUUUCAAGUUCAGCAACCCCUUCAAGUGGAACAGGAGCCGUCAACAUCCAAGCCAGUAACAGGGAUCUUCCUCCCACCCAUUACAUCAGCAGCUGGGCUGGUUACAGUUGCAGCCUCGAACCCAGGAAAGUGUCUGUCCUGCACGAAUUCGACCUUCACCUUCACCACCUGUAGGAUAUUGCAUCCCUCUGACAUCACUCAGGUCACCCCCAGUUCUGGGUUCCCUUCGUUAUCCUGUGGCAGUAGUGGAAGCAGUUCAUCAAGCCCAGCGGUGAAUUCUCCUGCCAUGUCCUACAGACUCAGUAUUAGUGAAUCCAUCACCAACCGACGAGAUUCUACUGUCACCUUCAGUAGCACCAUGAGCUUGGCCAAACUGCUACAAGAGCGAGGCAUCUCUGCUAAAGUAUACCACAGCCCAGUUUCCAAGAGCCCCGUCCUCCAGCCUCCCCCUAAGACCCUGGCCAUACCUUCCACUCCACCAAAUUCACCUUCUCACUCACCUUGUCCUUCUCCUUUCCCUUUUGAGCCUCGAGCACAUGCUUCUGAAAACUUUUUGGCCUCCCGACCUGCUGAAACAUUCCUCCAGGAGAUGUAUGGCUUGAGGCCUUCCCGGAACCCUCCUGAUGUUGGCCAGUUGAAGAUGAAUUUAGUGGACAGGCUGAAGAGACUGGGGAUAGCCAGAGUGAUCAAGACCCCUGAUGCCCAGGAAAAUGGUGGAAGCCAAGACGCAGAACUUGGUCUUCAAAAACCAGACUCUGCUGUUUAUUUAAAUUCAGGUAGCAAUUUGUUAGGUGGACUGAGGCGGAAUCAAAGUCUUCCAGUCAUGAUAGGUAACUUCGGAACCCCAAUUUGCACUUCCUCACUUAAAAUGGGUAUCCUGAAGGAGGACAGGGGCUCAGCAGUUAACUGA